AUGUCUCUGCGUGUUGAUGCCAAAGGUCUCUUCAGAUACAUCAUCUUCGAAACUGCCGAGGAAGUCAUCUUCAAAGUGGCGUGGAGGUUCGGUCUGGGUGGCGUUGGGAGCUGUGGGAGCAGGACCUUCAAGGUCGUUGCAUUCCUCCUGGAGGAACUGCUUAAAGCUGGUGAUAAUAUGGGAGGCGCGCUCUUCGUUGAGAUUCCUCUCGAUCCACCGCAUCCUAUGCCCUGGGUGGAGGAUCAUGCCCUCUUCGCUGGGAAGGCAACAACGUCCCCCAUCGGCCAUCUCAAUACUGAGCAUCGCAAAUACGAGGCGGGGAAGGAGCCUUCUGUUUUACCUGCGUUGAAGAGGCAACGGUCUGCCUUGGAGAUGUUCCGUUCCUCUGCUGGAGGUGGUGAUACCUUGAGCGAUUCAGUGAUUGCCAGUGCCUGA